UCAUCCCCGCUCCAUAAAUUCCUUUGGAAUUUUGAAAGUCCCCUUCCUGUUUGCUCGGUGAUGUGUGUAGUGGUCUCAGCACAUCUUUCCAGGUGGCAGUGCCUGCUCCACAUAACAGCCUGAUCCCCUGCUUGGAGCAAUGCCGAGCUGCUGGACCUCAUCAGCAUUUGGGAAAAGGAGGUUGUCUAGUCCCAGCUGCGCUCCAGCCGUAGGAAUUAUGAUACCUACAGACAGAUUUCACGAUGUAUGACAGAAAGGGGCCAUGACCGGGACACAUUGCAGUUCAGGAUCAAAGUUAAGGACCUGCAGAAUGCACACAACAAGGUGUAGGAUGCAAACCACUGCUCCGGUGCUGCGCCGGUUCUACAAAGAGCUGGACGCAAUACUCAGCGGCAAGUCCACCUCCACUGUGAAGACCACUGUGGAUACUUCAGUGGCUCACAUGCCAGUCGAAAGUGAACGGAGCCAGGAGGAGAAAAUCUUGGAUGAGGAGGGGGACCCAGAGGAAGAGGAUGACUCUGAGGUCAGAGAUACAUGCAGCCAGGAGCUCUUUUCUACCCCAGAGGAGGCUAGCCAGUCUCAGCUAUCAGAUGUUGGUGAAGUGCAAGCAGGAGAGGAGGCCCCUGAGAUGAUCUUGGGAGCCCAGCCUCCCUCUUUGUUAUUGGCAGCUGAAUGGCUGUGCAGAAUUAGAAGGCAGCCGAGAAGAGCUAAGGAGGACUUUCUGCGUGAUGUUAUGAUGCACUCAGUCACUGAGAAACAAAAAUUGAAGGAGUGGCAGGACAGCGAGAAGAGGGACCGAAAGGAGAAUGCCAGAAUGAAGCCAUGGAGCGGUUAUGGAGUACCAAGCAGACACACUCCAAGCGAUACUAGCUCUGCAAACCAAGCAGCUUCGCACCCGCCCUCCCCCACAGCCGCUGUCGCAAAACUCUUUCCCAUGCUCCCCCCAGACACCGCCAACACACUCUUAUCAACCUCCUGGCUCCAGUCUAUACCCGCGGCAUUCUACUCUCCCCCCUCACAAUCCAGCACUGCAAACUCCCACUACCCACUGCACUCUCACCCAUCCCUCUGCAGUUUGGCCCUGCUGAAGUACAGUACCCACUGCACUGUACUCCAAAGGAGGUUGGAUAUGAUCCCUGGACAUACACAAAUCUUUAGCCAUCCCGGAACCCUGCCUCCUCCUGGGACCUUCCCUUCCUCCAUUCCCCUCACGGCUGAUGGUUUUUUUUUGGUUUGAC